AUGCAGCUGUCCAAGCAAGCUGGGAGCCCCCACAUGGGGGCUCCUUGCUCCCCGUUGGUGAGACAAGCGGCGAGCGUGCCUACACUCGCACAAGCUGGAAGCUGGGGUCCAGAUUGCGCCCUCCUAGGGGGGCCAGCGGUGCCCCCUUUUGUAGGGGGGCCUUUUGACAUUUUCACCACCAAUAACAACGCUGGCGACUUGUGCGAACUCAUCGAAAGAACACAAAUCGAAGGAUCAUGGCCCAUUGAUCAUCCACUGCCAUUGCCCAGAUGGUCGUGCAAGUCCCAAAAAUGCUACCAGCUGGAAACGCUAACCCAUUUUGAGAAUUUGGCCGCCAAAAUCGAACUACACGUGCAGAGGUUGUUGGAGGAACAUAAUUACAACACCGUUGGCAAUUUCAUUGAUUUGUACCAGAAUUUUAAGAAGAGUGGAUGUUGCAAUUUCUUCAAAUAUUUUCAAAGUUAUGCGCCUCCAAUCACUCCAGCCCACCACACAUGCGUCGGCUUGGCUUUAGAAUUAUGGAAUCGUCUUCAUCAGCUCGAAGUGAGCUUUCCGGAGAUUAGUCAGCACCUGUUUUUAGUAUCAUGUGAGGAAAAUAUUGAAGCUUUAAGCGAAUACACAGCCUUGAGUGAACGAUUAGACACUGCCGCUUACGACUUAGAAAAAGAGCACGUCCUCUUAUGCCUCCGAUUUAAAAUUAACGAACGGCAAGGAUUAUUAUUAUGCGAUCCCGGUUAUCAUGUUAGUAGAGUUGUCACCAUCAUGCAAGAUCGAGCAUAUCCUAACACCGGUUGGUUCAUCCAAUCGGAAGAAAACAACAUCCGGAAAGAAUACAACUAUCAAUUCUCGCCUUUGAACGAGAAAUUCGUUGAAUGGAACGAGCGAACAACAAGGAAUGGAAUACAGGAAAUUUUCACUGGAUUGAUCUACGUUGCACAUCCUUAUUUGACCGCAGUUGAUGUGACAGAACGCAGAAAUUUGGUCUACAAUUUCAGGAGUUUGUUGGCAAGGGAUCAAAAGGGACACUUGAUAGCCGGUGUUUACUUUAAAGUGAAAGAGAACUGCGAUGAAUUCACAAUCUUCUAUCAAGAUAUGGGCAAACAGAGGAUGAAAAUGAAAUUCUCGACACUCACUCAACCGUUUCAGGUGAAAGAGAAAGCACUUAACAUUAUCACCAUUUGCAACGAGCAGUUAAAUCUACCGGAAGGUUCACUUUUGGAUGUUUUGCUUCAAGUGGGAGAUUUGAUGAGGGAUAUAUCGUAUUUGCGACAGCUUUUGGAGGUUAAUGAGAGUAUUAACAUCAUGUCGGCUAACAACUAGCAUAUAGCAAAUACAGAUUUUCGGUUUGGUUUUGUGUUCUUUUUUAUUGCGGUUGUCGGUUUGGUUUUUUACUUAUUUUCACUUGUUUGAUUAGGUUAGAAUUUAGUUUAUAUACAGGGUGAGUCUAAGUUCCUUCAUACUCUGUAAACUGGAGAGUCUUCAGACUAUUUCGCAACAUCACGUAAAUUCAAUUUUGGGCGAUACGUCCACAUGAGAGCAGAAAUGAAAAACUUAUCGCGUGCAACGCAAAAAAGAUGCAAAAACUUCGUGUUAUCAUUAUCACCGGUGCGCUGUACUACGGUGCAGAUUAUUUUAUUGUUAGUUCAGCUUUGAUUUGUAAGUCAGCGGCUCAUGAUCAUAAAAAAUCACACAAACCCUGAAACGACCGUUUCGGUUUGUUUUGUGCCGAAUAAGCGUGAAAUGUGAAUAAGGGCCUCGAACGUCGUCUUCUUGAGGCUGUGGAAAAAUUCCAUCAACAAGUACCCAGCAGUUAACUCGUCAGCUUCAGAUCUUUCAGAGCAAGGGUUGCAACCUUGCACCAAGUCGCUUAUUAGAAUUCAAGCCGGACUGUGUGAACAAUUUUUGUAAAUGUGAGUGCAAAGUACAGGGUGCUCAAAAACUGGCGCACCAACUCAGUGAUACAUUAUUGAGAAGCAAGUGCAGAUUACGGGAAAAAUGUUGAAAAAAUUCCUAAAGUCAUAUUUAAAAAAAUCUGGAGCUACAAACUUAUUGUGUUAACUUCUUUAGUUUUCAUUAUUUUUUUAUGUUUUUAUGUUUCAUACCAGGUAAUCGUUCCCCAACAAAACGAUGAAUAAUUAUUUUUAAAUUUACUAUCACAUUUUAGCAGUUUUUUUAAUUUAAAAAAUUAAAAUUCAUCAAAAAAAUCACAAUGUGUGGAUAUGCCAACACUGGGAAUUAUUUCCUAGGAAACCGUUUCAAAAAUAAUUUAUUUUUAUUGUUGCUCAAAUUCUAUUGCGAUCAUGACUGUUAGACAACGUUGCCACAUAUCAUUUAUCUAAAAUCCGUCAUUUAUCAAUAACUUUAAUACAAAGAAUUUUUUUACUAUUUUUACCUUUAUAUGUAACCAGUUCUCUACCACACACCAUUGAGUUGGUGCGCCAUUUUUUGAGCACGCUGUAUAUUGUUUAUUUGGAGUUUUUGCUUAACUUGGCGUUUCACUCGUUUUCAUUCGUUUUAAAGCGUUUUUGCGUUAUUCCAUUCAAGAAAGACAGUAGUACCUCUUUUUUUAAAGUGUUUUUGCGGCCAUUCAUGUUUUGAUUUAUCAGAACCUUCACAGGCGUCGCGUUAGGGAUGGAAUUUAGGAAAAUUUUACUUUACGUGUUUUCAAUUUUGAACUACAGUUUUGGUUUAUACACAUAUUGAAGAUACUUCAGUUCAGAGAUUAUGAUGGAAUUUAGACUCACCCGUAUUUGAGGCUUUUAACUAUAUUCACUCUAAUGUUAUCGACUUGUAUUUUAAGGAAAUUCUAAAUGCUUGUAUCGUUUAUCACUGUACACUGCUAUUGCUAGUAGAGUAGACUGGAAGCUUAAA